AUGAACGUCGUUCGUGAGAUUAACAAGAUCAACGAACGCGAGCUCGACCUUGGCGGGACAGGCUCCUGGCAUGACGACUAUAAAGACUCUGCAUACAUCUUCAUUGGAGGUCUUCAUUCUGACUUGACCGAAGGGGAUGUCAUCACAAUAUUCUCUCAAUACGGCGAGGUCAUGGACGUAAACAUGCCUCGUGACAAGGCCACGGGGAAGACCAGGGGCUUCGCAUUCCUAAUGUACGAGGACCAGCGCUCAACUAUCCUCGCGGUAGACAAUCUGAACAGUGCAAAUGUCCUAGAGAGGACUUUGCGUGUUGACCAUGUGAAGGACUACAAGCAGCCCAAGGUGAAGGGUGAAGAUGGCGAAUGGCAGGAGAGGGAGGAGCAGAGUUUCAAUGCAAAACCUGAGAUGAUUAUUGGUCCGUUUCAUGUCCUACUGACCCUUAUCGCGCACUCACGGCAGCAAAAAUACGCCACAGAAGACGAUGCGGAGUCAGACUCGUCUGUGGACUCGGGUCCACCAAUAGACCCAGAGGAUCCCAUGUACGAGUACCUAGUCGCGAAGAGGAAGGAGGAGAGGGCCCUGAAACGGUCAAAAAAGGGCAAGUUGAAUUCGAAGGGAAAGAGUAAGCACCAGGGCGAGACCCCAGAGGAACGGCGUGCCCGCAAGGAGCGCAAAAAGCUACGAAAGGCGGGCAAGUCCGCAGGGGUCAGGGGCAUUGAGGACUUGCUCAAAUCGCUCGACAGCAGGGCUGGAAACCGUGCAGACCACCGAUAUGGUAGCCGCUCCCCGGCGCGUAGGAUGCGCUCGGGCAGCAGAAGUCCGCUCCGUGAGAGGGACGGAGAGAGCCGCAGGGCUCGUUACUCCCCGGAUAGAAGGCGAAGCCAGUCACGCAAUCGGUCUCCCGCACGGGGUGCUCAAGCUCAAGAGCUGCGUUCGCAUUCACCGGGCUUUAGGCCCUACGACGACAGGCGUGCGACGGGGUCCCACUACGACCGCGAGAGUCACGGUCAUGACCAUGACCGAACACUCCCGUCACGACGCCGUAGGGAUGAUGACUGA